GUUAACGUGGCAAUUCAGCGUGGUACAGAGGCUUAUUGAUAAAUCAGCUGGGCUGAAAAAGUUUUGUUUUCUGGUGUUUCUGGUGAAUUCAGGAAGUGAAAGGAUUAGUGAAUGUGUGUCAAUUGAUCCAGGGAAAGCACGCUACACAUGAUGAAGGUACAUUUCCGGGAGCAAUACGGCACAAAAGGGAAUGAGAUUCUCUACGUUACGCCUGCAGACUCAAUCUCUGACCAGAGCAGUAUCGUGAGGGUGCCCCUGAAGAGUGACAAGAUCAUAAUUAAGGAAAAGAACGGACUUAUCAGACUGUUUCAGCAGAUUUUUCUGCCUCACGGAUAUCCGGACAGUGUCAGUGAGGAUUACGUUGAGUAUCAGAUUUGGGACACUGUGCAGGCUUUCUGCAGCACAAUUACUGGCACCCUGACCACUCAUGCCAUUCUCAAGGGGGUUGGGGUGGGUAGUGAUGCGGUAAAUCCUCUCUCGGCCACAGUAACCUGGGUGCUGAAGGAUGGCUCCGGGCAUCUGGGGAAGAUCCUUUUUGCCUGGUGGAAGGGUUCGGAAUUAGACUUGGAUUCGAAGAAGUGGCGUCUGAGGGCGGAUGUUCUCAAUGACAUUGCAAUGGGAGUGGAAAUAUUUGUCCUUCCGCUCUUUCCGGACAUUUCCACGUACAUCCUCUGUGCCACGACCACCAUGAAGGCUAUCGUGGGAGUCGCUGGGGGUGCCACGAGAUCCGCCCUCACGCAGCACCAUGCAAUCCGUGGAAAUCUCGCGGAUGUGGCGUCUAAGGAUAGCGCCCAGGAAACUUGUGUCAAUCUCAUAGCGUCUUUCGUGGGUCUCUUCUUGCUCUCAGCCAUCCACACUCCCACUGUCCUCUACUCCAUCUUCACCAUUGUCACCUUCAUGCACAUGUACGCCAAUCUGAGGGCAGUGAAGUCCGUUUGUCUGCGCACCUUCAAUGAAUCCCGGCUCCUCAUCACGUUGGAGGAGUAUCUCAAGUCCGGAAGGAUGCUACCUCCGCGGGAGGUCAAUAAACUCGAGAGGGUCACCAUCGGGCAGACUGUCUCACUCUCCCACAGAGUCUCCAUCGGACUCUCGGCCAAGCAUCUUGUGGAUCACUACAAAACGUCCCACGAGGUCGAAAAUGUCCUCACGGGAUUCGAUCACACGGAUCGGUUCAUCAUCGCUGAAACUAGUCGCAUGAUCGGGAUUUAUUUGCAUUUCGACGCGAGGCCGCAGGAUGUCCUCAAAGCCUACUUCUACGCCGUGUCAUAUCUCCAGGAGGAGGAUCGUUCUCAUCAUAUGCAUCAGCAAAAGUAUUGGGAAAUCCAGCAGAAGUGGAAUGAUUUCUACAGCCUGGCCCAAUCCGAAGGCUGGAUCACGGCAUCUCAUCUCAUCUUCGUGGACGAGUUUCGGCUCGAUUGGCGAAUAUGAAAGGAGGCCACGGAGACUCAUGUCUCCGGGAAGAUGAAACCACCACAGAAGUUCCAGAGAUUCCAAUUCUAGUAGUUUUUGAGAGCUUUGCGCGCCGAUAAUUUGCAUGAGAAAAAAAACAAACACGCUCUUCUUCGCGAAAUCAAUCUUUUUUCGAGAUCUUCCUUCGCUGGCAAAAAAAAUAAACUUUGCGUGCGCCUUCCGGUCCGUCCUGGACCACACCCAAUCUUUUCUUCGAGGGCACAGUUCGAGACAAUUCCGUAGUUUUAGAGUGACACAGAGUGUUAGAGGCAAAAUGAAUCAAGUGGCUUAAUUAUUCGCUGAGUAAGAAAAAAAGGUUAAUGAUAAUGUCAAAUUAAAUUUUUAGGUGAAUGGCAAAAUUUAAGAUUAUGAAAAUAAUAGCAAUUUUAAUGAGAAAAGUUAUAUAGCUAUCGCUCAAGAGAAUUUCCAAUUUUAGAGACAAUGAUACAUAUGAAUGAUUAGGAAUCAUAUCAAAUUUUUCAAUCGUAAAAUUUCCCAUCGCAAAAUCGUCAAGGUAAUUUUUUCGGAGGUGAAAAAAAAGGAAAAGAAAAACUUGUCUAGAUCUAGAUAAUUUUGUCAACUUAAAUGUGAUACCUUUUGAGAGACACCUAACCUAUUUUAGCGUUAUGAAAAAAAGUGAUUAAACUUUUUCCUAGAAGUGAAUAGUGCACGAAUUGUAAAUUUUUUUCCAGUAAUUUAUUGAAGAAUUUUAACUUAUUUUAGUGAAGAAUAAAAGAGAAUAAGUCAACACCAAAUAAA